AUGGGCGUCAAUCACCGUGUCAAGACCAAGUACGUCUUUCGUCUUCCCCUUCCGCUUCCCUUCCUCAAGACAAAGCGAACGGGUGGAAAGAGAAGGCCUGUAGACGACGAAGUCGAUACCGAAGACGAAGUGUAUACCACCGUCGGCCCGACAGUUCAAGUUCGAUACGAGUCCGACGCCGGGUCCGAGAUUGAGUCUGAUGCGGACAUCGACCCUCUCGAUAUAAGUAGACCAGCCCCCGAGCACAGGAGAUUGGUAAGCUGGGACGGCGUCAAGGAUCGAGCGCGUACCCCCCGGUGGACGGCAGAACAAGAAAGAAAGCUCGUGUAUGCACGAGCAGAGUUGGCGAGGUGCCAGAAGGCAUGGAGCUCGGAGCAGGAACUUUGGUUGAAGUGUAUCGAGACUUUGACAGAAGAAAAAGCAGCACAUGAAGGCUUCAUCAGCAACCGCGCAAAGCAUAUUGGCGACGAACAGCAGCACUUUCGAAAGGCUUGCGAUCGAAACCGGAGACGCUCAGAGCAGGACAAGCUGCAGACGCCACCCCAGCGUCUGACUCAGGCUCACCGUACAGGGAGUUUGCCGGUGCGACUGGGGAGGCUUCGGGGCAGGAACUCGUUCAACUGA